AUGGCGCCAGGCGCGAUACUAGACCCGUCUAUCGAUGGUGCAAGUUCCCUUCCAGCGGCUGACAACAAUAUUCUUCGAACCAUUAACCCUCAUUUCUUAAUAGAAGAGCAUCCCAUUGAUGAACAUCAAAGUGUCCGAGCUAUCGUUGUGGGUGCCGGCAUUUCGGGCAUCACCGCUGCCAUUCUACUUCCCGCGAAGGUUCCCAACCUAGAUCUCAUAAUCUACGAGAGAAACGACGAUCUUGGAGGCGUCUGGCAUACCAACAUCUACCCUGGUGUUCGGUGCGAUGUACCCGCUCACGCUUACCAGGCUACGUUUGCUCCAUCGACAGAUUGGACCGAGGCGUAUGCCACCGGCUCUGAGAUUCAAUCUUACUGGCAAGAUAUUGCGGACAAGUACGACGUGCGCAAGUAUAUCCGCUUCAGGCAUAGCGUCACAUCUGCGGAAUGGUCUGAGGAAAAGGCCAGAUGGAUCGUCGAAAUUCAAACAGACGACGGUGUAGUCACUGACGAAGCCAACUUCUUGAUUACUGCCACGGGCCACUUCAGCGACCCAAAGCUUCCUCAGUAUCCAGGGAUCGACAAGUUUGAGGGCCACCUACGACAUACCUCGAAUUGGGACCCUGAGUUCGACCCAAAAGGAAAGCGGAUCGCAGUCAUUGGAAAUGGCGCUUCCGGACUACAAGUGCUCCCGCAACUACAAAAAAUCGCUGCAAGAGUUGAUCAUUAUGCCCGCAACAAAACAUGGGUUGCAGCACCAAUCGGAGGAGAAGACUUGGCAGACUUUGUUGCAGAAAACAUCGAAGACGCGCGGGCAGACCCCGAAAAGUAUCUCAAAUUCCGUAAAGCUCUGGAGGCAAAGCUUUUCAGCCGCUUCGGCGGAAUCUUCAAAGACGGACCUCAGAAUGCAGCGGCCGAAGAUUACAUCAAACAGCUUAUGAGAGUACGGCUGGGGGCGGAUUCCAAGCUUGCUGAUGAGAUUAUACCUGAAUUCCCAGUAGGCUGUCGUCGGCUGACACCUGGACCGGGCUAUCUCGAGGCGCUGACAGCGGAAAAUGUCAACUACAUCACCGACCGGAUCUCAGAGUUCACUGAAACCGGCAUUCGGACUGUGGAUGACACUCUUCGCGAAGUUGACGCAGUCAUAUGCAGUACAGGUCACGACAUUACAUUCAGUACGCAGUUCCCUGUCGUUUACAAAGGACUUGAUCUCCAGAGGGCUUGGAGACCUGGCGGCAAACCAGGAUUCCCUGACACUUACUUGGGAAUGCUUGCUCCCGAGGUUCCGAACUUCAUCACUCCUCACUAG